AUGAAAGAGUAUGCUGAUACCGCAGCCAAAGCAAAACCACACAGCUUUCAAGUUGGUGACACUGUUCUCGUUCGUCAAAAACACGUCAAUAAACUAUCCUCACCGUACAACAAACAUCCAUACGCUAUCGUCAAGAUCAAAGGUAGUAUGAUAACGUACGGCAAGAAACGCAACCAGCUACAUAACAAGAAACAGCUCGCAGUUCAAGAGAAUCACUAUCACCACACAUCAACAAGAUCAUGCAGCAGACCCUUUUGA